AUGUGGCUCACGACGAGGUAUUUGGAAAUUCUCAGUACCAUGGCGAUAUAUCAACAGGCUAUGUGUGCCACCGACUACCUUCGUAACAAGGUACACUACAGGCCCAUGGUGGGAAUUAUCGGCGGGACUGGACUGGACGGCAUUGCUGAUUUGAUCGUCAAUCCGAGGAUUGUUCGCUAUGAUGAUAUUCCUGGUUUCCCUGACUGUGAGGUAAUCGGCGAUGAAGGAAAAUUUAUCUUUGGUGAAAUCGGAGGCAAGCAUGUUGUUCUAUUGCAAAGGCGGCUGAGAACCUAUGAAUCCCGUGACUACAGUUCAAUAUCAAUUCCGAUUCGUAUAAUACGGCUUCUGGGAGCCAAAUAUCUCUUCGUUACAACGACGGCUGGUGGUAUUAAUCCUCUUUUCAAAGUUGGAGAUCUUGUAAUAGUAAAAGAUCACGUGGAUUUCUCUUCUCUCGUUGGAAACAACCCCCUCAUUGGGCCUCAUAAUCCUCGAUUUGGUGAUCGCUUUCCAGCUCUCUUGGGUACUUACGAUAGAUUCCUGCGGGAUCUGGCAGCCAAGAGUAUGAGUGAGCUCAAGUUGCAAAGUGAAAUGCUGGAAGGAGUCUACUUUCACAUUGCUGGACCCGCAUAUGAGACACCUGCUACUUCUCGAAUGCUACAACUUCUUGGAUGUGAUGUUAUGGGCAUGAGCCUGACUCAAGAAGUUUUGGUCGCUAAACACCAACGAAUGAAAAUUUUGGCAAUCUGUUUAAUCACCAACAGGGUUACUACAGAUUCGAACGCAACUGAUGAUCACAAUUUCGAGGCUGAAAUGCGAAUUGCCAGAAUGAAGGGAGCAGCAGUUGGAAGGCUCAUAGAACGAAUCAUUUCAAAUACCCCCAGUGACUGA